AAUAAAGAACAAGCUAGUGCCAUUAAGCAUAUUGUAUCAGGAACUUCAAGACCAGCACCAUAUUUAGUGUUUGGACCUCCUGGAACUGGUAAAACAUUUACUAUUGUUGAAGCCAUGAAACAAGUGAGUCAUGAUUUUCAGUUGGUUCAAACUCAUAUUCUGGCCUGUACACCUUCAAAUAAUGCUGCUGAUUUGAUCACAGAACGAUUAUUAGAUAAUGAAAAUAUAUUAGGUGGCAUACUGAGAUUGAAUGCUGUUUCACGCAGUUGGAAAUCAGUUCCUGAUAGAAUCAAGUCUGUUUGUAAUCAUAAUAAAGAAAGUGGUACUUACUAUUAUCCUAAUAAACAAACUAUACAGAAAUACAGAGUUAUAGUGUGUACUGCUAUUACUGCUGGCAGAUUAUCCUCAGCCAGGUUUCCCAAGGGUCAUUUUACCCAUGUAUUUUUUGAUGAAGCUGGUCAUUCUUUAGAACCAGAAACUUUAAUCUCAGUGACUAAUAUACUAACUAUUGGUACUGGUUUAUUGGUGCUAGCUGGUGACCAAAAACAGCUGGGUCCUAUCUUGCGUUCACCUUUUGCUAUAAAAUAUGGUCUGAAUAUGUCAUUAUUAGAAAGAUAUAUGACACAAGAAGAUGUUUAUGCUAAAAUAGCCUCGGAAUCUGGUGUUAUGAAAUAUAAUCCUAAUGUUUUAACGAAGUUGGUGAAAAAUUAUCGAUCUCAUGCAGACAUUUUACAUCAUCCUAAUCAGCUUUUUUAUGACAAUGAAUUGGAAGCAUGUGCUGAUAAAUCUAUAGCUAAUAUGAUGUGUGGGUGGGAAGGUCUUCCCAACAAAAAGUUUCCCAUAAUAUUUCAUCCUUUGUAUGGGGAAGAGUUACGUGAAGAAAGGAGUCCAUCAUUUUUCAACCCGGAAGAAGCUUAUCUUGUAUUACAGUAUGUGAAGGAUUUAAAGAAAUUAACUGGGAAAUAUAAGUUAGAAGAUAAGGAUAUUGGUAUUAUAACACCAUAUCAAAAGCAAGUUCAGAAAAUUCAACACAUGAUGUCAUCUAAUAGAUGGAAGAACAUUCGAGUUGGUUCAGUUGAAGAAUUUCAAGGUCAAGAAAGAAAAGUGAUCAUUGUGUCUACUGUUAGAAGUAGUCCAGAAUUCUUAUCUCUAGAUAUCAACUUUAAACUAGGAUUUCUACGUAAUCCAAAGAGAUUUAAUGUAACAGUGACAAGAGCCAAGUCUUUAUUGAUAAUUAUUGGUAAUCCUAAUAUUUUAUCAUUGGAUGACAACUGGAGCAGGUAUGAAGUUGUUUACUGUAGAUUGAGAGACAUAAAGAGAUUUUUUAUGGUUAAUUUGAAUUUCCUGUCAUCAGGAGUUUUAAUAAUUGCCAGUUAUAUUUUGAGAUACCACUUUCUCACUGCAAAAGUAAUUCCUCCCUUAUUACUAACCUGGAGCAUGAGUUUCCAAUCUAAAAAAAAGGUAUGGAUAUCUAAAACUGAAUUUAUCACUUCAUUAUAUAUUAUUAUUGAUAUUUACAAGACUAUCCCAUAA